AUGCAGAACUUGUCCCGCUUGCAGUUUGUGCUUGGCCCACUCGCACCUGGGAAUGUUGUUUGCUCUUGGGGAAGGGGAGAGGACGGACAGUUAGGCCAUGGGGAUGCUGAUGAUAGAUUUACUCCUACUAAAUUGAGCGCAUUGGAUGGCCUUGAAAUAGUAUCUGUCGCUUGUGGAGCUGACCAUACGACUGCAUACUCAGAGUCACAAUCGCAAGUGUAUAGCUGGGGAUGGGGUGAUUUCGGAAGGUUGGGUCAUGGAAACUCCAGCGACUUGUUUUCUCCUCAACCAAUCAAAUCAUUACAAAGUCUACAGAUAAAGCAAAUUGCUUGUGGGGACAGCCAUUGUUUGGCAGUGACAAUGAAAGGAGAGGUGCUGAGUUGGGGCCGGAACCAAAAUGGCCAACUUGGGCUAGGGACAACAGAGGAUUCUCUAUUGCCUCAGAAAAUAGAAGCUUUUCAGGGAGUAUCCAUCAAAAUGAUUGCUGCUGGAGCUGAACAUACAGCUGCUGUAACAGAAGAUGGUGAUCUUUAUGGUUGGGGCUGGGGUCGAUAUGGUAAUCUUGGCUUGGGCGAUAGGAAUGACCGCUUAAUCCCUGAGAAAGUUUCAUCUGUUGAGGGAGAAAAGAUAAUUCUAGUGGCCUGUGGAUGGCGGCAUACAAUAUCUGUCUCGUCCUCAGGCAGUGUGUAUACUUACGGAUGGAGCAAAUAUGGUCAACUAGGACAUGGGGACUUCAGAGACCACCUAAUACCUCAUAAACUGGAAGCCUUGCACGAACAUUGUAUCUGUCAGGUGACAUGCUUUGCUUAUAUUUUGAAUUUCCUCAUACCUUCACCAUUAUACUCUUCAAUAAAGGCUUAG